AUGCUAUCGAUCUUGUCCGUAGGCGAAAUCAAACUCUCUCAUGAGAAUUCUGCCAUCGUUUUACAAAAAACUCGGUUAGGUUGGAUCGUCGCUGGAGGUUCUGAGUUGUUGACGUCUUCAACAACCUCCUCUUGUAAUGUUGUCAAAUUAGACAAACUUAUCGAGCGUUUCUGGUUUAUCGAGGAUUUUGAUCACGAACCCGUUCGAUCUCGUGAUGAAAUUUCCUGUGAACAACAUUAUGUCACACAUACUAAACGAGAUGUCACUGGUCGGUACAUAGUUCGUCUUCCAUUCAGAGAUUCUAAAUUCAAUCUUGGUGAAUCCCGUUCGCAAGCACUCAAACGCUUUUCUUCCANCACUGGUCGGUACAUAGUUCGUCUUCCAUUCAGAGAUUCUAAAUUCAAUCUUGGUGAAUCUCGUUCGCAAGCACUCAAACGCUUUUCUUCCCUAGAACGAAAACUUUCAUCAAAACCUUUACUCAAAUCUGAAUACACCAGGGUGAUGGAGGAGUAUAUCUCUCUUGGUCAUAUGACUCUUUGCGAUGAGAUCGAGGGUGGAUGUUAUCUUCCUCACCAUGCUGUUUUCAAGGAGUCCAGUGAAACCACUAAAGUUCGAGUAGUGUUCGACGCGUCGGCUGAAACGUCUACGGGCAUUUCGCUCAACGACACCCUCUUGGUCGGCCCCACUAUCCAGAGUACUAUAUUCGAACAAGUCCUUCGAUUUCGCACUCAUCGUUACGUCAUCACAGCGGACAUUGAGAAAAUGUACCGUCAAAUACUAGUUCAUCCAGACGAUCGACAAUUCCAAAAGGUCUUGUGGCCUUAUCAGGGACAACUUCGAACUUUUCAGCUUAACACUGUGACUUUUGGCACAGCCGCUGCUCCUUUCCUAGCAAUUCGUACGAUCCAACAACUUGCUCGCGAUGAAGCGCACGAUUUUCCACGUGCCAGUAAACUUCUCCUCCGCGAUUUUUAUGUCGAUGACUUCAUCUCAGGUGCAGAUUCCUUGGAUCAUCUCUUAACUAUCCGUGAUGAGAUGAUUGCUCUACUCUCCCGUGGCGGUUUCGUUAUCCGUCAAUGGUCAUCCAAUCAUCGUUCAGUUUUAGAUAAAAUCGAUAAAAGGUUCUUCGACUUAGAUUGCUUGAUCAAAGAUGAUCCAGUCCAGAAAACUUUGGGUAUUAUAUGGGAUGCCCAAAACGAUCUGUUGCAGUACACUUUGAAUCAGUACACUUUGAAUCAGGUCGAUCCUAACGUUGUUGCAACUAAACGCAAACUCCUCUCAGAGUUGUCAAAGAUCUUCGAUCCCCUAGGACUUUUGGGCCCUGUAACUCUAUUCGCCAAAGUCUUGAUUCAAGACUGCUGGAAGGCGAAGAUCACAUGGGAUGAGUCUCUUCCUCAAGAUGUUCACACAAAGUGGAAAUCGUUAGCGCUCCAAUUGCCAAGACUGCAAGAAGUCUCAUUUUCUCGACACAUCCUGACCUCAAAUCCCUCUCGCAUCGAGAUCCAUGGAUUUUGCGAUGCCUCGAUUCACGGAUAUGGGGCGUGUCUAUAUCUCAAAUCCAGCAAUUCCCAAGGGGAUGUUUUAAUCAAACUAGUCUGCAGCAAAUCUCGCGUAGCACCGCUGAGUGGAGUUACAAUUCCUAGAUUGGAACUUUGCGCAGCCACCAUUCUCAAAAAGCUAUACCUUGAGACUAAAGCUCAGUUCGAUUUUCCCAUCGAUCAGGUGUAUUUAUGGUCUGACUCUACUAUUGUUCUUUGCUGGCUUAAGAAAGCUCCUCAUCUUUUAAGGACUUUCGAAUCAAACAGAGUGGCAGAUAUCCAAACGUUAGCUGAUCCCAAUGAUCCCUUAGCUAUAACUCCAGCCCAUCUGUUGAUAGGUCGACCCUUCAACGCCUUACCCGAAAAAUCGUUUUUAUCAGUUUCAGACAAUCGCUUGUCCACUUACAACUUCAUCACCAAGGCCAAACAGGACUUUUGGAGUAAGUGGCACAAGGAAUAUCUGCAUGAAUUGCAAACUCGCCAAAAAUGGCAUACUUCGACUGCGGAACUCAAACUGGGAUCAGUAGUCCUGCUUAUGGAUGACGCUGUUGCUUGUGCACGAUGGCCGCUGGGUGUGAUCGUCGAAGUGUUUCCUGGGAGUGACGGCAUCGCUCGAGUUGCAUCAGUUAGGACUGCCAACGGCACCUACAAACGCNAUCCUGACUUUAUCGUUGUCAUAAUCGACAAAAAUAAUCAUCCGAAAGGAACCAUCGAUCAAUCAAUCGUUUUCGUUCACAAACUAUAG